CAGGUCAGCGCGCUGUGAAGUUUGUCCGUUCGUGAAUAUCAAUAAUAUAAAACAAGACUGUCGUUGCAAACUAGACUCCUUGAAGUGCAGCUUUUAAGUUCAAGGUUCUUCCCACAGUUACGCACCAUGUCCACCUCACCCGCCCCACCCAUGGCCAAGCCCCUGCCAGAAGGCUACGCGCUGCAGAUCGGGAUUCCUCCCCCCGACGACUACCUGAACCUGCGAGCGGGCAGCGGGCUGACGCCCAAGAACGCAGCGCAGGCGGCAGCCGUCGCCAGCGGCAGCUGGUACGGGUGCUACGCGACAUACACACCACCUCCGUCAAAUGACCAGCCCGCGCCAGCGCCGGCAAUCGUCGGCAUGGGCCGCAUCGUCGGGGAUGGCGCCUGGUGCUUCCACAUCGCCGACAUGGCCGUGCUGACGGCGCACCAGCGCAAAGGGCUCGGCGACGCCAUCCUCAAGACCCUGCUGGCGCACAUCCAGGCCGUCGCCCCAGAGGGCCUGCCCUUCGUCAACCUCUUCGCCGACCCCCCGGGCAGGAGGCUCUACGCGCAGAACGGCUUCGUCGAGUCCGCCCCCGAAGAGCUUGGCAUGCAGCUGCCCCGCACCUGGGUCGUGCAGCGGGGAGAGGGGAACUGAUGUGUUUUUUUUUUUAUGUUAUAGAGUGGAGAUAUUGGUUUAGAUCUAGCAGUGUUGUGAUAGUACGGUGUGUAGAGUGGAUGAAUAGGAGAGAGGCGUUGCAUGUAAUGUCGCCGUUUUGUCCAACUUGCAGUAGGAGGCGGGGAGUAAUAAUUACGUAUUUAUCCCGACAUUUUGGCGAUGAUAGCUGAGAGCGAGACAUUCUCGUAAUCAACAGUCUACCGACUUUCCUUCGGCUUGCCAAGAGGACUGCCCUGGUGCCUGACCCCUAAGGCUCCAAAUCUUCCACUUCUCCAAUAGCGCCCCAUAAUUCCUUUCAGGAGUGGGUC